AUGCCUGAAGUAACAGGAAAACCACAAAUCAAAACUAGUUUUAAGGUUACACGAACGAUUGAAUCAUUAUUUACUGGUGGUAAAGCAGCAAUUACGCCGGAUGAACAAUAUUUGAUUACAACGAUUGGAGAAGAUAUUGAUGUUACGGAGAUUCAAAAUGGAAAAAGAUUGUUUCGUUUAAGUGGAGAUACGGAAAUAAUUACAACGUUCGCUAUAACACCAGAUGGUAAAUAUUUAAUAAGCUCAUCUCGUAGUCUAACAGUUAAAAUAUGGGAUUUGGAAACAGGAAAAUGUAUAAGAUCAUUCAAGGCUCAUGAAGCUCCUAUAAUUGUAAUUGAUGUUGAUGGAACAUCAACACUAGUUGCAACGGGAUCAGCUGAUAGUACGGUAAAAGUAUGGGAUAUCGAAGGAGGGUUUUGUACGCAUAAUUUUCGUGGACAUGGAGGAAUUAUAAGUUCGUUGAAAUUCUGGAAGGAGAAUUAUGGAUGGAUGCUGAUUUCCGGUUCUGACGAUUGUAAUAUUCGUAUAUGGGAUUUAUCAAAAAGAAGUUGCGUGGCUGUGUUGAAAAGUCAUGUUAGUAUGGUUCGUGGAUUGGAUGUUACGAAUGAUGGCAAAUAUUUAUUAAGUGGAUCGAGAGACAAAGUUGUAAAUAUUUGGGACUUGAAUAAGAAAAAAUUGGUUAAAACAUUUCCCGUAUACGAGACUGUAGAAACGGUAGGAAUUUUAGAACCUAAUACUAUAAUAUCUGAAAUUGAGAAUAAUUGUGGAAAAGAAUUAUUUUAUACUGGUGGCGAUAAAGGAAUUAUUAGGAUAUGGGAUCUUAAAACCGGAAACCUUGUCAAAGCACAGGAUCCCGAAAAGAAUACUAAUUACGGGAUCUCGGAAAUAAUAUAUCUUCGUAAAAGCGAUUAUUUAACGGCCGUGACAACAGAUCAUAAUAUAUUAUUUUACAACAUAUCAUCCGGUUUACGUAGAAUAAAACAAAUUAUAGGUCACAAUGAUGAAAUAAUCGACCUCGUCUAUGUAGGUCCAGAGGAAUCACUCUUGGCCAUAGCAACAAAUACUGAACAAAUUCGGUUGUUAAAUGUAGAUUCAUUUGACAAUAGUAUUAUCUAUGGACAUAAAGAUAUAGUGAUUUGUUUAUCAAAAUCUUUUGAUGGUAGAUUUUUAAUGUCUGGAUCAAAAGACAACACUGCAAGAUUAUGGAAAAUUAAUAUUGAAGCAAACGAAGCUGAGGAAAUCGUUAAACCAUGCGGAAUUUGUAUUGGGCAUACUGGAUCUAUUGGAACCGUUGCUUUACCCAAUAAGAGUCUAAAGUUUUGCAUAACUGGAAGUCUAGACCGUACUGUGAAAUAUUGGGAUUUAUCUAAGACAGAUCUGUCAAAGUGCGAUGAAGAGUACAGGCCAAAAUCGUUGUAUACGCACCAAGCACACGAAAAGGAUAUAAAUUCAAUAUCUAUUUCACAAAAUGAUAAAAUGUUUGCAUCUGGAUCACAAGACAAGACCAUUAAAAUCUGGUCAGUCGCUGACGGAAAAUUAUUAGGAACUUGUAUAGGACAUAAAAGGGGGGUUUGGUGCGUACAAUUUUCACCUGUUGAACCCAAUAUCGUUUCAAGUUCUGGUGAUAAAACUAUCAAAAUUUGGUCAAUAAAUGAUUUUUCUUGUUUAAAGACGUUUGAAGGACACACAAAUACUGUGUUAAAAGUAUCAUUUUUAACUUCAGGUUUGCAACUAAUAUCAAGUGGAUCUGACGGAUUAGUUAAAUUAUGGAAUUGUAAAUCAAAUGAAUGUGUGACUACGCUGGAUAAUCAUACGGAAAAAAUUUGGUCUCUAACUGUACGAAAAGAUGAAAGAUUCAUUGCUUCGGGUGGUGGUGAUUCCUUAAUAAAUAUAUGGCAAGAUUGUACUGCAGAAGAAAUGGAAACUCGUGUUAAAGAAGAAGAAGAAUUAAUUUUAAAGGAACAAGAAUUGUCAAAUUAUCUGUUAAAGAAAGAUUAUAAGAAUGCUAUUAUGCUUGCUAUUUCAUUGAAUCAACCGUUUAAACUUUUAAAGUUAUUUACCGAGGUUCUAAAUAGCAGAGCUGAAGGUGAUGAUAGCAUCACAGGUUCUGAGUCAACAGAUGAGAUAAUUGCGACACUUUCAAAGGAAAAUCUUGAACAACUAUUAAAAUAUAUUCGAGAUUGGAACACUAAUGCAAAAAAUUACCAUACCACUCAAACUAUUUUAUAUGCUAUCCUCAAAUCUUUUUCAUCUCAAGAUGUAUUGAAAAUUAAUGGAAUUAAGGAUAUAUUGGAUGGAAUGGUAUCAUAUACUGAAAGACAUUAUCAACAACAAAAUCCAAUGGAAGAUUAA